AUGGACUUUGAAAAUAUCAAGCAUCUUCAGGCUGCGGCGCAGAGAAUCCGCGAAGGCUAUCUCAAAAUCGUCCACAGUACCUCCAUUUCAGAUCUCCAGCUUCCUUCACUUCGAGAUGACCCGGUCAGAGGCCAGCUCUGGGUUUCCAAGUUCACCACUCCGAAGCCGACUCAAGAUACAUCCCGAGAGCUGCUGCUCGAGCUCAUCGACGAGCUGAACAAGAACAACGUACCCUACGACCGCGCAGAUUCAGACUUCCUCAAGUUUGAAUGGAUUGGAUACCGUCACGAUGCGAAGAAAGACACCCCCGAGCCCGCCGAGCUGUCCGAGAGCGAGAAAUUCCGGCGACUUGAGGGCGAGACCAGAAGUCCAUUGACCAUCCUCUACAUCUACGGUGGCACGUUUGCUCUGAAUACUCCAUCCUGCUACCGCAGAACAACAAGCUUCCUCGCAAAAGCAACCGGGGCAAAGGUGUUAAUGGUUCACCAGCGGCUCGCACCACAGAACCCCUUCCCAGCCGCCUUGCUUGAUGUCUUCCAGGCCUACCUAACCCUCCUAGCACCUCCCCCUCACUCUCAUCACGCUGCGAUCUCACCAUCGUCAAUUGUCCUCGCGGGGGAUAGUUCCGGCUCCUGUCUUGCGUUCGGCUUACUCCAGAUACUCCUCCGUCUCAAACGCAAAGGAAAAUCGAUCAAUUUCCACGGAACCACCAUUCAACCUACUGUCCCCGCCGGAAUAGCCGUCCUCAGCCCAAUAACAGACCUCGCAACUUCAUUCCCAUCGUUCAUAUCGAACGCUAGAACGGACAUCUUCCAACAACCUCACGAAAUACUGCCGUACCUUCAACCAGGCUAUCCUACCUGUCCGCAAUGGCCGACAAAGCCUCCCCGCGCGAACCUCUAUUGCGAACCAGGAAUGCUAGCGCACCCCCUUGCCAGUCCGGCCGGGUCAGACGACUGGACCGGAUGCUGCCCGAUAUGGAUGGGGUCCGGUCAGGAGCAGAGUAUCGACCCAGCAUUGUUCAUCGCGCAAGUAGCCCAUGCACAAGGGGUUUCGGUGACAGUCCAAGAGUACGAGGGCAUGCCGCAUACGUUCUUCUUCACAUUUCGUGAUGCCCCACAGACAAAGAUGGUUCUUUCUGAAUGGGCGCUAGCUAUCUUGCGCUUCUCUCAGGGAGUAAAGCCAGUUUCUAGUGUUUCCUUUAUUCGUGCCAAAGGACUGGUUCCGGAACAUCGGGCUGUGGAGAAUCUGGUACCGCUUACUGUGCCCCAGGUUCAAGAUAUGAUGUGGGUGAAGAGUCAGCGGCAUAAGAUUCCCGCUCACUUCCGGGAGGGCCGGUCGAACCUGUAA